AAAUUUUAAAAACCGUUUGUUUACGUUUGUGCCUGCAUCAAAUCGGUUGCGGUUCGUUUCGAUCAGAUGCAUCCAGUUUCAUAACAAAUCCCGGGAAAAUGUCGCAAAAUACGGCGAAAUUGAUACUGAAAAUUACUGCGGUUGUAUUGAUUGUAGUGGAACUAUGUUCGGGAGCAUCGGUCAACUACCUGGAGCCGGAUGGCGUCAUCACGUACAAACCGGACCCCUCGCGGAUCUAUCGGCCGGGCUUGCGCACCUACUGCUACCGGGGCCGGGAGAAGCAACUGGUGCACGCGUUCCAAACAGUGUUCCUGAACUUCGAGUGCGAUCACGACGAUUUCAGCCAAUAUGAGGGCGGAACCCCGGAGGAAGUUCGGGCCCAUCACGAGACGGAGCAGAGCUUGUUCUCGUUCAACUUGCUGUCCAACAGCCGGAAGCGGGUAAUCAAAAUGGACCCGUUUAACCAGAGCUGCAUCGGAGUGGUGUCCGGGGAGGAAUACACGGUCCGUUUGAAUCUGAUCCGGAUCGACUUCUGGCGGGUGAUCUGGCUGGCCGUGGGGGUUUUUGUGUUCCUCUCGUCGGCCAAGUUGAGCAACAAUGCCCUGUUCUAUUACAUAUGCGGAGUGUUCCUGGGGGUGUUUGCCAGCUUCCUGGUGGUGGUUUACAUGGCCAGUAAACUGUUCCCCCGGAAGCCGAUGAUGUACGGAGUGAUGUUGGGCGGGUGGACGCUGGGAAUCUACUUUGCCCAGAUGCUGAUGGACAACCUGAGGCUAAUCUUCGUGACUUACCAGGUGUACGUCUUCUGGUACAUUCUGACGACGGGUUUCAUCAGCUUCGUGAUUUGCUACCGGAUGGGACCUCCGAAGAAUCAGCGCAGCAAGGAUCUCAUCAAGUGGAGCUUGCAGUUGGCCGCCCUGGGAGCGGUCUUUUUCUCGUCUGCCUAUCGGGAAGCUACCACCGGACUGUGCAUUGCCAUGCUGCUAUUUUACUACUUCCCGAGAAGCGUUCUGUUGCGGAUCCGAUCCUUCUACCGACGACGAUUCCCUCCGAAGCGAAGAUUCCUGACCAACGAAGAGUACUACGAGCAGGGAGUGCGGGAAACUACCAAAGCCCUGGAAGAGCUGAGGGCCUACUGUAGCAGCCCGGAUUGCAAACAGUGGAGUACGGUGCUGAAGCUGCGAGAUCCGUCCCGGUUCGCUUCCUUCAUGGAAGGUUCUUCUCAUCUGAUGGAUGACGAAAUCCUCGAGUACGAAACGUCCAACGCCCAUAUGGACAUCAGCGAUGACGAAGAAGAGGACGAAAGUGGCCAAAACGGACAAGGCGAUUCCCCGCUCAUCCUGGAGGACAAUUCCGACGACGACGAAGAGGAGGAACAUUCCCGAGCACGCGUAACUCCAUCGCGAGGCCCAACCAACUACAGGAAGUUUGCCCAGAACAGGUCCUCGCUUCGAAAUGGGAGAAAUCUGACCAUGAGCACCAGCACACCGACCAAUGUGUCUUCGAGGGCGCCGGUUACGAAACGCGCCAGUCGCAGUCGAAGCAGACAGCCGGUUCCGUCCGCUCCUCCGCCGCCGCCAACUCUGCAGGACGAUUUCGAGUUUAGCGAAGAGGACGAGUGAUCAAUCCCAGAGUCCAAGAAGUGGAAACGGUUAUUUAUUGAUUACGAUACUUACAUCUCAUUGCCCCUAACUUCUCUUUUCUUUUUGUAAAUAAGUAUUCCUGCCGUCUGGUCCCUUCGCUAAUUCACAAUUCAACUAUCAGUCGUUUGCUGAACCAAUAUUGAAUUGAAAAUUGUAAAUCUAGCUUGAAUUAAGUUUGCUUUACUCUCGAAUAUGAUGCGUGUUCUCUAUUAACGAUUUACCUUUAGGAUAGUUUAAGGCUUUAAACCGCUUCAGCUAAUGAUACUCUUUCAGGAAAUAGAGCGAACGAACAUUUUGUAAAACUGAA